AUGGUAUCCUACGGGAAGCGCCUGGCCUGCCUUCUUGUUGCAGGCAUCCUCUGCCCAGCCGUCCUCCUGCUCUCGGCCCUCAUCCAGUACCGAGGAACUGUGUAUCCCCCUGGGAUUGAUCAACCCCUGAAGGCCCGCAUUUGCCAGACGAUGCUCAUCACAGUGUUAAUUUUGGGAAUUGUUUUAGAGGAGCUGGGUUUGUGCAGCCUCUGCGAUGUGUUAUGGCUUUGGGCGAACGGAGUACCUCCGCGCAGGGAUCCAUCCCUUGUCAUUCAGAACCAGGAAUUUGACGGGGUGCCAUUACAAAAGAAAGCGAGAACUGAAUUCAUAAAUGCACCAAGAAUCCAUAAUAAGCCAUUUCCUGCCCCUUUCAGGUAUGGACUUGGGCCAGAGAAUCCUUAUCCAAACCAGUAUACUGAAUGUCUGAAGGCUGCUGUCCACCUCAUGAAACACGGGGAAGAUUAUGGCGUAAAUAGUUCCCGUAUUAUCAUUUCCGGAGACAGUUGUGGGGCUAAUUUUGCCACACGCAUUUGCCAGUUACUGGUAGGCCACAGAAAUCUGCCCAAGGUCCACGCUCAGGUGCUGAUCUACCCAGGACUUCAGGGCAUGGAUUUGUCGUUGCCCUCCUACCAGCAGAACUGCAGAAUGCCCCUCUUGUCGAAGAAACUGGUCCCCUACUUUUGCUGCCGCUACCUUAACAAGUCGACUUCCUUUGCAAAUGGUCUUCUGAAGGGCAGCCACGUCCCCACGGCCACCCGGCUGAAGUACCAGAAGUGGGUCAAUGCCAACAACAUCCCCCAACGGUUCAAAGUCAGGGGCUACACAGAACGAGACCCCUCUUUGUCCGAUUUCAACCCUCAGCUGUACGAGGAAAUGAAAGAGGUCCUCUCGGAGACCUUUUCCCCUUUGCUGGCCGAAGAUGCGGUCAUCUGCAAGCUCCCUCAGACCUUCCUUCUGACCUGCGAGUUUGACGUCCUUCGAGACGACGGGCUGCUGUACAUGAAGCGGCUGAUGGACAAUGGAGUGCCGGUCACCUGGAGCCAUGUUGAGAGUGGCAUGCAUGGAAUAAUGGCCUUUUUUGGCUACCGCACCCUGUCCUUUCCCGCAGCAAAGAGGAUUGUCCAUGAUGUCACCAAUUUUAUCAGAGGCUUGUGA